CUACAAUUAAUGGACAAAAGUCACACUGUCUGUUCCACUUUCUACUUUUAAUUACUUGUCAUUUUUAAAUAUUAAAUUUACAGUAAAAUGGCCGAAAUUCACUGAGUAUAAUGCGUAGACAUUAAUUGGAGACUUGCCUGAAAUAAUAGUACAAGAAACAUCUGUUGAGCAUCUGCUAGAAUUUAAUCGGAGACGUUUGCAAGUUGUGAAAAUUCAAACAUAAUGUGUUACUAAAUAUAUGGCCAAUGCUGUUUACAGAUAUGCGGCUCUUAAUUAAAUAACCGAACCGUUAGUGGUGCAUUCGCAUGCAACGGUUGACAUUCUUAAAAAUACCACCAUGUAACAUAAUAAAACUCAAAAUGCGUGAAAUGCGCUCAACGCAGCCACAAACAACGAAUAAUUUCAGAUUCAGAUUCUAAUCAUAUACUUCUCAUCAUUCAUAACUACAAGAGCUUUAGUCCAAUCAACAUGCUAAAUUUAAAUUUGAGUGGUUAUUUGAUUCUGCUUUGCACAAUAAAUCGUUAUUUUCACAGUGCAUACGCGGAAUCCCGUAAGGACCUUCAACCGCAUAAUGCUGAGCCUGCAACGACGCCCAGCCCAGAAUGGUUGGAAUAUCAACGUGAACGCUUCAGUAAUGCCAAAGACGUGGAGGCAUUGAGAAAAAUGCUUGAUCCAGCUUCGAAAUUGUUAGAAACUAAAGGCCAGCCUGACGGACCAACAGGAAUACCAAGUAUUAAAAGCACAGAAAAGCAAUUAGCAGCAAAGCUAAAAGAAGAAAGAGCUGAAGCCACGGUUGAACAAGUACCAAAUGAAACUAAGCAUAGCGAGGAAAUGCUCGUUGAGGAAAAUGCAGAUGAAAGCGAUGAAAGAAGUUCUAAUGUAGAAAAUACCAACAUGUUGUCCCACGUCAUAAAAGGUGUACAAUAUCCAACGCUUCGAGGAUUUAUAAACUUUCUAAAAACUGUGCGGAGCAGAUGGGUCAAACAAUCAAAAUUAACAUUCGAACAGAAACUUAAUAAAUUGAAGCGUUUGAAAAAUAAAAUGAUGCAUUUGAUAGAGGAUCAAUUCAGUAUGAUUUGGACACCCAAGGUUCACAUGCGCCGCAGACGCGGUAUAUUAGGAGAAUCAAAUCUUAACUUCCCUCCAGAGACGGCUUUAAUUAGCAUAAACUUUUUGACUUUUGCUGUUUUCCUAAUUAAACUGGUUAUGCAAGUGGUGCAUAUCAUUAAAAGUAAACACUAUACACUCAGCGGUUUUGGUUUUACGUCCGCCGAUACCAUGACUAAAUCUACAUGAGAACAGCACUACAAGUAUAUUUCAAAUAAUAUGGAUUUUAAGAUGAGAAAAAAACAUAUUUUACUAUUUUUUAGCAUAAACUUUAAGUUUACAAUAUUUUGACAUAAUUGCUUGAUUUUUUUAAGUGCAUUUAAAUUUACAUUAAAAAGAUAAUAUAUUAAAGCUAAUUAAGUUAUGCAUUUUAAAUUCAAUGAGGUAUAUUUUUAAUUUCUGUGC